AUUUACUUUGUAGAAAUUUGUUAACAAUUAGUUAAAGUAAAUAAAUAGUUGAGCCGCAGGUAUAUAAGUAACAUUGGCGGCAUCAUGUCUAUGUCCAAGACGACAAAUACGUAUAAUCGUCAAAACUGGGAGGAUGCCGAGUUCCCUAUUCUCUGCCAAACCUGCUUGGGCGACAAUCCGUAUGUGCGCAUGAUAAAAGAACGUUUUGGCAAAGAAUGUAAGAUUUGCACUCGGCCAUUUACCAUAUUUCGUUGGUGUCCGGGAGCGCGGAUGCGUUUCAAAAAGACUGAAGUCUGUCAGACCUGUGCACGCUUGAAGAACGUGUGUCAGACUUGCCUGUUGGAUCUGGAGUUUGGUCUGCCCAUCCAAGUGCGCGACGCAGCAUUGAAAGUGGCUGACAAUAUGCCACAAAGUGAUGUCAACAAGGAGUACUACAUUCAGAACAUUGACGCUCAGCUUCAGGACGGAGACGGAACUGAGGCGGCUGGAGCAGUGGGUCGCUCCUUGGCGGCAAAUGAAAUGCUGUCCAAGUUGGCCCGCACUGCACCGUACUAUAAGCGGAACAGGCCGCACAUCUGCUCGUUCUGGGUAAAGGGCGAGUGUAAACGUGGCGAAGAGUGUCCGUAUCGGCACGACAAGCCCAACGAGCCCGAUGAUCCGCUCUGUGAGCAGAAUAUUAAGGAUCGUUACUAUGGCCGCAACGAUCCGGUCGCCGAGAAAAUAAUGAAACGUGCUGCCUCGUUGCCCACACUGGACCCGCCUGAGGAUCGAAAUAUAACGACACUGUAUGUGGGUAAUCUUCCCGAAGAGAUCACUGAGCCGGAAAUACGUGAUCAGUUCUACCAAUACGGCGAGAUUCGUUCCAUAGCUCUGGUGCCGCGUCAGCAAUGCUCCUUUGUGCAGUAUACAAAACGGAGUGCUGCUGAGCUGGCCGCCGAGCGAACCUUUAACAAGCUUGUGAUUCACGGUCGCAAGGUAAGCAUCAAGUGGGCACAUUCGCAAGCCAAACAGGGAACUGCAGCCAAAACGGACAGACGAUUCGACGUCGCUGGUAUUCCACCGCCGAGUGCCAAGCCAAAUGAUUACUUUAAUCUGCGCCAAGAGCAAAUCAAUGUUAUGCCUGCAGGAAUGAAACUUCAUCAGCUGCCCUCCAAUCUGGUGCCUGCAUCGGCCUAUCAAAUGUACGCACAGCCAACCUAUGCGGCGCCCUACAGCGGUCUCGGAGUGGCCAGCACAAGUACAGCUGCAUCAGGUUCAGCGGCCUCAGGUACCUCCGGUGUGAAUCUCGAUUCCAUUCCACCGCCGCCCGGGCAAAUGCCAUAUCCCAGCCAGGAUGCUAGUCGCAUGGGUGCUCUGAAAAAAUAAUAUUGAUGGAACCAACAAUUCAAUACCGUCAAGUGAAUCACACUACGUUUACGCUGAAUUAUUCGCUGCUCCCGUUGGGCUUUUUGUCGCUGGAUAAAAUGUGUGCGAAGUGCUACAAAAUCAAUGCCGCUCUUGUAUUCCAGAGAGUUGCGUUCAUCACUAAAUAAAAAAUAUGUUAUUAACAUCAUCAUCGUCAAAA